CGGCCCAGCUGGACGCCCCGCGAUGGCAGCCGGCAACAGUGGCGACUGGCACCGCUUCGAGGCCGCGCUUCGAAGAAGCCUCCGCCUCCUGCGGGACAGCCUGAGGGGGCGGGAGGGUCUCCCCGGCAGGGACGGCCGCGUGGAGGAGGCGGAGGAACCAGAGCAGCAGCCCAGCGCCUUGCAGGCCUUGCCGAUUGAGGCGAAGUUAUACAUUCUCUCCUUUCUGACAUCCAAAGAUUUGUGUCAUCUGGGAUGUACCAAUCACUACUGGCAGCUAACAGUACAGGAUCCCUUGCUCUGGAGAUACCUCCUCAUUCGAGAUCUCCCCUCUUGGCAUUCUAUUGACUGGAGGUCUCUCCCAAAAGCAGAUAUAUUUAACAGACCUUUCUCUGCACUGCAUGAAGGUACCGCAGCUGACUACAUGGCAAUCUAUAAAAAGUGUUCUUCUUGGAGGAAAAGACCUCUGAAACCCAGUUUAACACCUUAUGGAGCUGUUACUUCCAUUUUACGUUCACUGGCCAAACAAGAGCCCCGCUUUGCUAUGUUUGGUCCAGGACUGGAAGACUUGGAUGAAUCUUUGGUGCAUAACAUGAUGACAAGUCCAGAGAUUUUGCCACUCGCUGGUAUACCUCAGAGACAAAUUCAUGGAAUAGGAUCAGGAGUCACAUUUCUUUUUAAGAACCAAAAGAGAUUCAAUAUUUUGACGCUAUAUUCAAAGACCAGCAAGGAAAGACGCACAGCCAGAGAAGAGUCUGCCAAUCCCAUCAACAAGAUGUUCCACGAAAUAAGAAACAUGGACGGGACAAUGCAGUACAAUCCAAUUGAACACGUUAAAAACCUGUGCCAGUUGGUUGAUGGGUUUAUCUAUGUUGCAGAUGCUGAAGCCCACAAAAGUCAUAGCCGGCAGACUGAAGUUUCUCGGAUGGCUGCAAUGCUUAAUCCAGCUCUUGGACCUCCAGGGAGACCUGUGCUCAUCUUGUCCUGCAUUUCAAGCGCUGAGAUCAAGAGACUUCCUUGUAUUUACAUGGCACAUCAACUACAACUCCACUCACUCAGCCAGCCAUGGAUGGUCCAGGAUAUCGAAGCUGCAACCCUAGAUGGGCUGUUAGAUGGAAUUGAAUGUCUCUUGGGAGAAACUGGAGAUAACAAUGCCCAGUGACCGGAUAUGGCGAGACUGCCAAAAGACUGUAAUUCUUUAAAUGCCUCAAUUACAAGC